GCUGUGAGGUCCCUGAUGUGUUUUCAGAUCGGAUUUUGGGGUCUCUGGGUCCCCAAGCUGUUUUGGGGACAGAUUUUGGGGUUUCUGGGUGCUGUGAGGUCCCCAAGGGUUUCUGAGGUCCCCAAGUUGAUAUUGGGACAGAUUUUGGGGUUUCUGUGUCCUGCGAGGUCCCCAAGCUGUUUUGGGGACAGAUUUUGGGGUUUCAGUGUCCUGCGAGGUCCCCAAGCUGUUUUGGGGACAGAUUUUGGGGUUUCAGUGUCCUGCGAGGUCCCCAAGCUGUUUUGGGGACAGAUUUUGGGGUUUCAGUGCCCUGCGAGGUCCCCAAGCUGUUUUGGGGACAGACUUUGGGGUUUCUUUGCGCUGUGCCAGCCGCAGGUUGUUGUCCCCAGGGUGACCAUGGUGACACCGGCCGUGCUGCGGCUGGAGACGGACGAGCAGGUGCUGCUGGAGGCGCCCGGGCUGAGCGCGGCCACCCAGGCCCUGCUGCUGGUCCAGGACUUCCCCCAGAAGCGCCACGUCCUGUUCCGGACCAACGUGGCCCUGAGCCCGGAGCAGGGCAUGAUGGCCACGGCCACCAUCAAGGUGCCAGCCAAGGCGCUGCCGCAGGCACCGGGGAAGCAGUUUGUGGCGGUGACAGCGCAGGUGGCAGCGGUGACACUGGAGAAGGUGCUGCUGGUGUCCCUGCAGAGCGGCCACAUCUUCCUGCAGAGUGACAAACCCAUCUACACCCCCGGCAGCACCGUCCUCUGCCGCCUCUUCACCGUGGGCCACCUCAUGCAGCCGGUGGCCAAGACGGUCAUCGUGGAGGUCAAGACGCCCGACAACGUCAUCAUCAAACAAGUCCCGGUGUCGUCCCCGACCAAGAACGGGAUCCUGUCCCUCACCCACAACCUGCCCGAGGUCGUCAGCCUGGGCAUGUGGACGAUCUCGGCCAAGUUCGAGGAUGCUCCGGACCAGGAUUUCAGCACCCACUUCGAGGUCAAGGAAUACGUGCUGCCGAGCUUUGAGGUGUCCCUGGUUCCCGAGGAGAAGUUCCUGUACCUCGACCGCCAGGCGGAUUUCAGGGUGUCCAUCCUGGCCAGGGGUCAUGGGGACGAGGGAGAAGAGAGAAAGGAAAGCAUCCCCCAGUCCUGCGGGCGCGUCCCGGUCCAGGCCGGUGACGCUGACGCCGUGCUGUCCAUGGCUCACCUGCGCGAGCGCUUCCCCAACCCCCAGGAGCUGGUGGGACACUCCCUCUAUGUCACUGUCACCGUCAUCACCGAGUCAGGCAGUGACAUGGUGGAGGCCCAGCUUGGUGACAUCAAGAUCGUGACGUCGCCCUACAGCGUCCACUUCACCCACACCCCCAAGUACUUCAAGCCGGGGAUGCCCUUUGACCUCAUGGUUUAUGUCACCAACCCCGACGGGUCCCCGGCGCCGCGUGUCACCGUCCAGGCUGAUGGCUUCCAGGGCCAGGUGUCCACCCAGCGCGAUGGCACCGCCAGGCUGGUCCUCAACAUGCCGGCCAACAAGGACAGCGUCCCCAUCACCGUGCGGACGGCCCAGGCAGGGCUGCCACCGGAGCGCCAGGCCUCACGGCAGAUGACGGCCGAGGCCUAUCGCAGCCAGGCCGGCUCGGGCAACUACCUGCACCUGGCGGUGGCCGCCACCGAGCUCCAGCCCGGGGACAACCUGGCCGUCAACUUCCACCUCAAGACCAGCAACAACGACGUCCGCAACUCCGUCCCGUUCUUCACCUACCUGAUCAUGACCAAGGGACGCAUCCUCCGAGCCGGCCGGCAGCGGCACGAGGCCGGCCAGAGCUUGGUGACCAUGACGCUGCCGGUGACGGCGGAGCUCAUCCCGUCCUUCCGCAUCGUGGCCUACUACUACGUCCUGCCCGGCGAGAUCGUGGCCGACUCCGUCUGGGUGGACGUCAAGGACACCUGCAUGGGCUCUCUGGUGGUGAAGGGGGCGAUGGAAGCCGACAACCGCGUCCACGAGCCGGGGACACCGAUGAGGCUGCGCAUCGAGGGCGACCACAAGGCCCACGUGGGGCUGGUGGCCGUGGACAAGGGGGUCUUUGUCCUCAACAAGAAGAACAAGCUCACCCAGACCAGGGUUUGGGACACGGUGGAGAGAAGUGACAUCGGCUGCACGGCGGGCAGUGGCAGGGACAACGUCGGCGUCUUCGCGGACGCUGGCCUGAGCCUGGCCACCAGCGUCAAGGUCACCACGCCCCAGCGGUCAGAGGUCCAGUGUCCCCAGCCUGCCAAACGCAAGCGUCGCUCGCUGGCACUCGCCGAGUACAAGGGCACCAAGGCGGCCGAGUACUCGGACAAGCUGGAGAGGAAGUGCUGCGAGGACGGGAUGAAGGACAACCCGAUGGGGCACAGCUGCGAGCGGAGGAGCGAGUACAUCCAGGAGGGCGAGUCCUGCGUCCGCGCCUUCCUCGACUGCUGCAGAUACAUCAAGGCCAAGCGGGACCGGCAGAACCUCUCACCCAGCACCGGCCUGGCCAGAAGGUUCUCAGCCCUGAGGCCACGUUCGAGAGGUCCGAUGCCACCACCCCCAGGCCAUGAGGACGACGAUCCUGUCCCCAACCCCUCCCCGAUGUCCCCAACCCCUCUCCGAUGUCCCCAACCGCUCCCCGGUGUCCCCCUCGGUGUCGUUGUCCCCUCCCCGCUGUCCCCGAUGCAUUCCCUGACGUCACCUCCCCGGUGA